UGAAGAGGUGGCUGAGGAGGAGUUUAGACCGGUUUACGAUGACGAGGAAUUGAUGGAGCUGGUUAGUGGUUCGACUCUCGUCUUGUAGAAUAGAAUAAAGUAUUCUAUCGCACGAUUGGGUGAUAGGGUGAUGAUAUGAAUGAGGAUGAGAAAUAUAGGGGACGGGUGGGGGAGAAGGGAAUUACGUAUGAAUUAUGAGAGAAAAUGAUGAUGUUGAGGGCGGUGAUGAUGAGGAUGAAGAUCGUGUGGAUGAUGAUGAAGAUGAUGAUGAAGAUGAUGAGGAUGGUGAAAAUUAUGAGGAUGAUGACGAGGAAGAGGAUGAACAGGAAGAGGAUGAUUAGAGAACGAAGAAGAGAAGGGCGAUGAAACUACGAUGGAUAAGUAUAAGAGGAUAAUCCAAAAAAAAAAGAAAAAAAUGUGAUAAAUCCGAAUUAUAAUUAAAAUAAACGAACAACAUCCCUUCUGUGUGUGUGUGUAAGAAUAAAUUAAAUCAUAAACGAACGAACAUCUAAAUAUCGUUUUUCAAUCGAAAUCAUCGAUGCGUUGCUGGUGUAUCUAGAGAGAGAAAGAAAAAAAAAAACAAACCUUGUUCGAUCCCUUUCCUCCCUCAAGAUAAACAUCGUGAAAGACAUGACGACGUUGUCCGGCUUGAAGGAGGGCCACUGGACCUACUUCUGCGAAAUGACGAUCCGGGAAUUCUUCCUGAACCCGAACUUCACCACCAUGUGCAUAUUCUUCUCCCACAACAGGCUGGUCGUCACCCUCUCCUUCCCCCUGAUCCUCGUCAACGAGUUCACCUACUUCAUCAGGGAGCCGCGGGAGGUGCUGCGCGCGGAAACGUUCAGGAACGACAUAUUGUUCGGCACCGUGAACGAUAAACCGGAAUACUACGUACUGUCCAUCGUCGAGAACGUGUUGGCCCCCAUCUUCCUCAAGGUCGAGACCUGGCCAGACAGUAUCCUGCUUAUUAACCCGUGUGUUCAAUCAACCAAACUUUUCUCUACUUAUCCUGUAUCACCAACUUUAAUUGGCUGCAUAUUUCUCGAACGAAUAUCUCGUGUCCAAUUUUAG